GCCCGGCCCUGGUUAGCGCCCGGUUACCUCCCCACCCCUCCCUCCCUCCUCGCCUGGUUAUAUACACCGCCCCUGCGUGGCCGUGGGCGAGGUCGGCUUCUUGAUCGGGGUUGGCUGGCUGUUGUAUGAGAGGGAGUGAGCGGGCGGCGGUGUCAGCGUCAGCGUCAACGUCGGGGAUGAGCUGCAACGGGUGCCGCGUGCUGCGCAAGGGGUGCAACGAGGCCUGCGUGCUGCGCCCGUGCCUGCUCUGGAUCGAGGCAGCCGACGCGCAGGGCCACGCCACCCUCUUCGCCGCCAAGUUCUUCGGCCGCGCCGGCCUCAUGUCCUUCCUCACCGCUGUCCCCGAGCAGCAGCGCCCAGCCGUGUUCCAGUCGCUGCUGUACGAGGCGGCGGGGCGAACGAUCAACCCGGUGAGCGGCGCGGUGGGGCUGCUCUGGGCGGGAAGCUGGCACCUGUGCGAGGCGGCGGUUCAGACCGUGCUCCGGGGCGGCGCCAUCCGCCCGCUGCCGGAGCUCGCGGGCGGCGUCCCGGAAGGCGGAGUCGGUGGAAGCGAUUUGUUCGCCUCCUCUUCCAGGCGGGCCGUGGUGGGGUGCUCCACGUAUUCGGCGGCGAAGCGGGUGACGCCGAGGAAGACAUGGGCGCCGGAGGCAGCGUCCCACCACCAGGAGCCCUCGUGCGACCUGGGGCUUUUCCUCACCCCCGGAUCGGCCGCGGCGGCGGAGGGGGAGCGACGGGCGAGGCGGGCCGGCACGCCGUCGAUGAGCUCCGACGGCUCCGUGACCACGAGCGCUGGCGCAGGCGCCGGCGGCGAGAAGGAGCCGGAGCUGCUGAAUCUUUUUGUUUAAAUGAAGCUAGUUAUUAAUCUGCGCGUUCAUUUACCGUAGUAGUACCGCGCGAUCGAUCAGUCGAUCGACGCGCUGCUCGCUCGCUGGCGCUGGAACCAGCUGAACUUUUUGGUAGCCUAUCGUCCCACCGGCGACGCGCCCCUUGAUUCUUUUUUGGGCGUGCAUGAACCGCCGGCUUGGUGUGACACGGAGAUGACUAGAUGAGACCGCCCCGGCCGGCUUUGUUCCUUGUCUACUCCGAUAAUAGUACCGCUGCUUUCUUAGCACCACCACUACUACUACAAAGAUGGUUAAAUAAGUAAGAGUACACUAAAGCUCUCUGAUCUUAUCCGGGGCGUGAUUAGCGUUUGCCCAGCGAGUGCGUGUGCUAAUACGCCAUUGCUCCUGCAGGCUACAGUACUCUCCCGAUUGUGUUUCUUUUUU